CUUUCCACUGUGCCUGCAACCUGGUCCGGGAGGAAGUAAGGACUGGUGUCAGGAGGGAGCUGCUAGGAUGGACAGUUCUCAUGCUACAAGGACCUGUGUGUUCAUCCUUCUUGUGGCCCUAUUGUGUGCAGAAGGAGCUCAGGGGCUGGAGUGCUACUGUUGCCUGGGGGUCCCACUUGAGACUUCCUGCAAAACAAUGACCUGCCCCUACUCUGAUGGAUUCUGUGUUACUCAGGAAGAAGAAGUUAUUGUGGACUCUCACACAAUCAAAGUAAAGAGCAAUCUCUGCCUUCCCAUCUGCCCUACUAAUCCUGAAACUACUGAGUUCCUGGGUAAUGCUGUCAACGUGAAGACUUUCUGUUGCAAGGAAGACCUCUGCAAUGCAGCAGUUCUCACUGAAGGCAGCACCUGGACCAUGGCAGGGGUAAUUCUGUUCAGCCUGGGCUCAGUCCACCUACAGACCUUGCUGUGAUGGAGUCCUCAUGGAAAUAGACAACACCCUGGAAACUUGGGAGCUAUGACUAUUACUCCCUGGUCUUGAAGGUGCUAAAGAUCUGAGAUUUUAUCAUGAUGAAGAUCCUUUAAGAAAGAACUAUCACUCAAAGAGGGAAGUCCUCAUCUCUGCAGCCUUCUCCUCUGGGACAAGCAUAGGAUCCAGGAAUGUGGCCAAGGUGCUGGUUGGGACAUGAAACUUGAAACAUGAGUAGGACUACUGGAUAUUUCUUCCAUAUUUGGCCUUAAUUCUUUUGCAGUCUCUUCUGGCCUCUGCUUUCAAGUGCUGGGUUUUGCAGGUAUGUACUCAUUACCACACUGGCUAUUCCUUGUGCUUUAAAAGGGCAGACUGCACCUGACCUCACUGGCUGAGGCACUCAGGCCAUGCAGGAGAGCUGGCCCCAAUGGCAUGAGCACAGGAAAGCUGAUCCUGCCUCUUGCCAGCUGCCAUAGGCAGGACAGCUGUCCCUGACCCCUGCCUGUGCUAAGCAGGAGAGCUGCUCUUGGAAGUUUGGGUGCAGGAGAGCUGGUGGGAUGACCAACUCAAUUACCACCCAUGGCCAGAUCCAAGCCUUAGGGUUGGCCCAGCCCAACAUCUACUCCAUCUAUGAACUGCUGGUAAACAUGAAGAUGCUGGUCCUGCAGAUCCAAAAAUACAGGAUCUCCAUGACACAGGGUAACAACAACAGAGAGGGAUUCUGGGACAAACCCAGUAUUGAUAGUGUAGCAGAAGCCAGAAGCCUCUAACCAGAGCAAUGACUCAUUUAAUGAUAAUCUGUGAGUAAAUUUGUUUGGAAAAAAGGAGUAUACUGUGGAGCCCACUGUGGCACAUCAGACCUACCAUGUUGAGAUGUUUUUCUUUUUUUUUCUUUUUUUUUUUUUUAUAUUUUGAAGGGGAGGUUGCAAGGGUAUAGAAUGAUUAUGGAGGGAUGGCGAUAUGAGUGGAACUGAAGUGCAUGUUGGGAAAUUCACAAAGAAUCAAUAAAAUAUUUUUAUAUAUGUGGAA